UCACUUAUUUAUCAAUGAUGAUGAAUUCUUAAUUUGAUUACUGCUGAUUGAUAAUAAUAAUAAUAAUAACAACAACAACAACAACGUUUCACCUGACUGGUUCUUUAUACCUGACAACAACCUGAUUUGUAUUUUGCAAUAAUCCAGAUUAAACUAGGUAAAUCCAUCAUUUAUCCAUCCAUGUGAUGCCAUAAUUAUAUAUGCAUGAUCCAAUUUCAUUGGUAUUGAAGCUAACAUUACAACCAAAACGACGAUGCCGGGCAAAGUUAAAGUAAGAAUUUUGGCUGGCCGUAAUCUACCAGUCAUGGACAAAUCUAGUGAUGCUUCCGAUGCUUUUGUCGAGGUGAAACUUGGUAGUACCACCUAUAAAACUGAAGUUUAUAGACGAUCACUUAAUCCAUAUUGGAAUUCUGAAUGGUUUCGAUUCGAAAUCGAUGAUGAAGAACUACAGGAUGAACCAUUACAGAUUCGAAUCAUGGACUAUGAUACUUAUUCAGCCAAUGAUGCUAUUGGUAAAGUUUAUAUCGAUCUAAAUCCAUUAUUGCAAAAAGAUUCGAAACACGUACUGUCUGGUUGGUUUCCCAUCUACGAUACAAUGCACGGUAUUCGUGGCGAAGUUAAUUGCAUUGUUAAAGUGGCCCUUAUAUCUGAUGCAAACCGUUAUAGACAGUCAUCUUGUGGUUUCAAAUUUUUUUAUUGUCCCAAGAUUCCUGAAGGCUACAUAUGUGAAGCGAUUCUUGGCUUUGUCGAAGAAUUAGUCGUAAAUCAUGACCCGGAAUAUCAAUGGAUCGAUAAAAUACGAACACCAAGAGCAUCGAAUGAAGCUCGUCAGACUUUGUUUUCAAAAAUAUCCGGUGAAGUUCAACGUAAAAUUGGAAUCAAAGCAUUGGAUUUAGGUGGCAAUGCUGUUGUCGGUUAUCAACAACAUUUCGAUCUAGAAGGUGAAUCUGGUAUUGUCGUACGAGGUAUCGGUACGGCCGUUCUUAUAUCCAAACUAGUCUCACUAAAUAAUAAUUUGGCCACCGAUAUGCAACCAAUGCCCGAUGAACUUACCUGUAAAUCAGCAUCACCAACUGUUCAACUUUAUAAUGGAUCGUCCAACAUGUAUAUUCGAGAUAGCGACACUGGACCAAUACCAGCACCACCACCACCAUCAUUACAGUCAAUGGCCACAAUGGUUAAAGGUGAAAAUCAUACAGCCAUUAAUUCUAGUUCUUCUUUACGUCGACUAUCCGAUUCAGAUCUCAAUCAAUUGAAUCAUGCUAAUAACGAUUGUAGUAAUAAAAGUAGUAAUUCAGUAGAUGUAGCCUCAUCAUCAUCAUCAUCAUUUAAUAUGACCACGAUAGGCAAUCCGGGCACAAAAUUAUUGAAUAAUGUGAGCAAAAUGAAAUUAUCACCAGAGAAGCUACAAUUACUUGAAUAUCCAUUUCUAACGUUGAAAACAUUCCCACCUGGUCUCAUAGCCAAUAUUGGUGGCAUUGUAUCGGCACGUUCGGUUAAAUUAUUGGAUCAAAUCAACAAUCCAGAUGAUCCAGAAACACGUGAUGCAUGGUGGACCGAAUUACGUAAAGAGAUUAGAUCGCACAAAAAAACAUUGAAUUGUAAUGCGGUUUUAGGCUACACAGAAACUGCCUAUAUUAAUGAUGAAAUCUGUAUUCUAUCCGCAUGUGGUACAGCAGCAUUGCUUAAAACAUCAGAAACAGAUAUCGAACAAUUGUACAAUCAUUAUAAUCAAAAUAUUGCCGCCAAUGAAUCAAAAAGUGGUCAUUUAUAUGAUUUGAAAAAUUCUUUUAUUCAAUCAACACAGCCAUUUCAUUGUCAACAGCAAUUUAAAUCAAAUACAACAACAUGUCAUAUAUGUCAUGUACCAUAUCAGGAUAGUCAGGUUCCAUUUCCGACCAAUUUAAUGAUGUGUUCAAUAUGCAAUAAAUGUAAAGUACCAGAUUUUCUAUUCAUGACUACUGAGCCAUAUGAUAGUGUUCCAACUAUUGGUUAUGGUACAUUGAUACAAGCACGUGUAUGUCGCCCGAAACGAGAAAGUAAAGGUGAAGCUUGUGCCAAAGAAAUAUCCGAUAGUCUUCCAUUUCUUGAAUAUGAAUUGUAUAGACAAUUGCUUACCAAAUUGAAAAUAAAAGGAAUGAAUUGUUUGUUCAACAUUUCCAUACAAAUUUCAUUCGGUGAAAACAUGUUGGUAGCUGUGGCUACAGGAACUGGUGCUUAUCUUUCUCCAUUGCAUCCACCAUCGCCACCUAAAAUUUCAUCCGGUAAAGGAACUUGGUGUUCAAAAUUGAACGAAAUACAAGCACUGAUAUCGGAUAGUAUAACUCGUAAUCGAAAACUUUAUAAUUUAAAUGUCAAAAUUAGUGAUUCGAAACUAGCGACAACUACUACUGUUUCGGCUAUUGCCGAUGAUCAUGUGGUUAAAAAUGAAGAAAUCAAAUUUACUGAACAAACAGUCAACACGACAGCAUCAGCUGAUCCGGUGGAAAGCAAAGAUACUUGUGUUCUUUUGGAAGUGGAUGAUACUGAAGAUGCCGAUAUUAUUUCAUUGAUGAUCGAUUCUGAUGUACCCAAAGGAUUCGAUGUUUGUAAUGCUGAAUAUAUGCCCGGUAAAGAAAGUCAAUUCGUAUGCAAUCUACAGAUGUUUGCCCAGGUCUAUCGAACCAAAUUACAAUCAAUCAAACAAUUUGGCCAUCAAUUUGAUUGGAUUAUUCAAUCGUUGUUCAUUAAAUUUCGAUCACUCAUACCAUGUUGUUUGACUGAUUUGAAAUUUCGUAUUGAUAUUCCUGAAGCAGAUAUCAUUCAGAUUACCGUAACGGGUACAUCGAUAGGUAUGGGCCCUCCAUUGAAAAUGCCUUCACGACAACGUUCAGUUACUGUUCAAUCCGAACAUGGUGACAAUGAUCUCAUAUUUAUCAUGGACAACGUAACCGAUACAAACAACGAAAACAAUUAUAAUGGCCAUUGUGAACAACCGAAAAAUAUCCAUUAUCAUAGUAAUCCAAAAGAACAUUAUGGUAUCGAAUUGACACCAUUAAGCUAUAUACCAAAAGCUCAGAUUAGCCAUUACCUCGGUAAUCUGGAUUUCUUUUUCAUACGUGAAAGCAGUAGUAUUCGAGAUUAUGGUGGCCUUAGUGGUUUUGUACACAAUUUUAUGACCGAAGUAUUUGCCAUUGUUCGAUCACAUGUAUCAUCAUUGAGUGGCCCAAUGUUUGAUCAAUGUUGCUGGCGAUGUUGUUCAAGCGAAUUAUUUUACAACCGAAAACAAAUGAUGAUGGGUCAAUUUAGUCAAUUUUUUUUCGAUUUUUGCAAUUAUAAUCAAGUCAAAUUCAAAUCAUCGAUCAUUGUUAUUUAUAUCAUGUUGCCAAAAACAAGACAAAAAAUAUUAUGAUUUUCAAAUUAGAAUUCAAAGUUAUUUGUAUUUGAUUACGAUAAUAAUAAAAUUUUAAAUUUC